AGAGGAACGAGAGGAACGAGAGGAACGAGAGGAACGAGAGGAACGAGAGGAACGAGAGGCAGCCAGAAGAAAAAGAAGGAGAGACCAAGCAGAGCAGAGCAAGCCAAACGAGGCCCAGGACUCCAUGGACUGGGGGGCCAACCUAGAGACCCCAACUCAUCACCACUAUCAUCUCCACCACCAUCAACAACAACAUCGCUCAGGAACAACUAAAGACACAACUAAAGACACAAGUACACACACGCACACACACGCACGCACAACAGCCCAGCGACACCCCAGAAGACAAAGAAGAACAAAUCCAGUUACGCCUCAAAGACCAGGUCGAAUCGCGCCAACGCCAGGAGCCGCCAAAGGCGUCUAGAGGCGUGCACGAGGGCCUUGACCAACGCCCAGGCUGGAGACAGGUUAACCCGUCCGUCUCCCGCCAUCACCAUCAAGAGCCUGCCCGCAUCACUCACUCCUCUCACGCUCAUGGCCGGACGAGGAUCUCACCGGGGUGUCGAUUGAGGGGCGGGUGGCCAUGUCACCACACACCAGCUAAUCCACUCCUUGGCCGCCCUCCCGUCCAUUAGGGUCAUAUUGAGGCGGACCCGGGCCCUGGAUCCGGUCUCACCCGGUCGCACCCGGUCUCACCCACCCUCGAGUGAAUCCCAAGAAUUCACUCGGACGAGAUGAGCUCGUUUUUUGCGGCCAAAAAGCCGCUGCAUCAGUUUUCGAUUGAUGAUGCCUUUGAUAUUCCCGAAGAAGAAGGCGAAGAGGACGAAGAGGAGGAAGAGGAUGGCCACGACCCCCACGGAUCCGCCUUAGACUCGGCCCCCAUCAUCCGGAACGGCGUCCAAUUUGCUCGCUACACUGAAGUCAGACAUCCGGAUCUGGAGGCGCGUUGGUCGGCCGACAAAACGCCCAAUGCUGCCGAGCACGGCGGCCAUGGUGGCACCACACUUCUGACCAGCCAUCAUGCCGACACGGGAUCACUCGUGGCCUCGGCCGCCUCCAACUCCGGGGGCGGACGCGAUGGAGGCUACUAUGAGGGCCGAAAUUGCGCCUACAAAUACUGGUGGCUCCAUCCCAAAGUCCGAGCCAAUUGGAAAGUGGUGCUGGCCGCCGCAACGCUUUUGGUUUUGGGGUUAGGCCUUGUGAUUGCGGGUAUGGUGGCCUAUUGCAUCGAGUCUCUAGCAGGAGUUCAAGGAGCUGUGUUUAUUAUCGCCGGGCUGAUCUGUUUCAUCCCGGGGGCUUACCAUUUGGGAUACGUCUAUUUGGCUGUCAAAGGCAAGCGUGGAUUCGAUUUCAACCAGUUGCCGUUGUUCAACAACUAAGGAAACGGAAAGGAAGAGAGAUAGACAGGCAAAGUCCCUCAUAAGGUAAGCGACGACCAAGGCUACAAGCUACACACGCCAGUCCUAGACUUUGCCGCAUCUCAUGGCCCAUCUAAACGACGAGGAACCACGACAACGAGAUCAUGCACCGCCUCUUAACCAGGUGAUGGUCAAUGUGAUCAACCCCUCCCUCCCCUCAAUGACGCAACGAGUGAUUCUAAUCUCUAGACAUCCGUUCAGGACGAACCUUCCUCUGAUCUUGCCUGAGCUUAAAAGUAGAGUAUGGACAACAUUUUUUAGUGCAUUUAUGUCUUUCACCCGAGAUAUUCCAAGCGGGAUCACACAUCUGGAGGUGGAAUCUGAUUCGGACUCCUCCCAAAGGUGGUUGAUCCUCACCUCUUUUUGCCUAACUUCUUCAUGCAAUAUUCAUCAUUACUCCAUUGCUGCUACGACUGCUACAUGGUCCAUACCAUACAAUUGUUAUUACUCCUACAACCCUACCUACAAUACAUUCUCUUCAUUCUAUUUCUCUGAGAGCACCUCGUAAGAAACUCAUCCGAAUGAAUCUUGAUCCGUUUUUCUUCUCAAAUUUCAAAUUUACCUCUCCAACUCGAAACAUUGUCAUACAAUACAUUCAUUAUCACCA